UUGAAUUCUUGUUAUUUGAAGGAUGGUAGGGAGCUGGCGAGUGCUCGUCACAUGACCAUCACGUGACCCAGCUGUCGGGGCCCUGCAGUGUAGCUGAGUGACUGCAGGUACAGCAACAACAGAGCAGCCUUCAAACCGAGUGGGAUGCCUGAGGUUUGCCGGCGUUAUGGCGUUACAAGGAGAGGCGGUUCUCCUGCAGGAUUACAGUUGAUGGAGAGGAGUCCCUGCUCCUCCUCUCACACUCACAGCCAGGAUUGGAUGAUGAUGAGGACAGAGCACGACGACAACACGCUGAACUGCACAGAACCGACGCUGUCAUCGUCUGGAAGCUGCAGGACAUGUUGAGUGGAUGCAUUUGCAGUUUUGUUCCUGGAUGUGACUUUCUAAAAGGAGGCAACUGACUGUAUCGGUCCAUUCCAUCAAAUAUGACUAGUGCCUUUGCAACACUUGUUUCUCCACUUUUAUGACGUUAAUUGUAUCCUUAAAAGAGAUUUCACUGAUGUCCACGGAACAGCAGAUACUAUGCACCAUGUCGGUCUCACAACCAUCAUCAAACCUGUAACCACAGCACAGGAGUGGCGCCUUUUAACAGGGGGGACCUCAAAAGCAUCACAAACCCUACGCCGCAAGGAUGUUCGCCUCCGUGGAGCACGGCCCGGUCCUCUGCAGCGACUCCAACAUCCUGUGCUUGUCGUGGAAAGGCCGAGUGCCGAAAAGCGAGAAGGAGAAACCCGUGUGCCGAAAGCGCUACUACGAGGAGGGUUGGCUCGCCACCGGAAACGGCCGAGGAGUCGUCGGGGUCACGUUUACAUCCAGCCACUGCAGGCGGGAACGGCCCACCCCGCAGAGGGUCAACUUCAACCUCAGAGGGCACAAUAGUGAGGUGGUCCUGGUGCGAUGGAACGAGCCCUUCCAGAAGCUGGCCACCUGUGAUACAGAUGGAGGCAUCUUUGUUUGGAUCCAGUAUGAGGGCCGCUGGUCUGUGGAGCUGGUCAAUGAUCGUGGAGCUCAGGUGAGUGACUUCACAUGGUCACACGAUGGCACUCAGGCGCUCAUCUCCUACCGCGAUGGCUUCGUCCUGGUGGGCUCAGUCAGCGGGCAGAGGCACUGGUCUUCUGAGAUCAAUCUGGAGAGCCAAAUCACCUGCGGUAUCUGGACUCCUGAUGACCAGCAGGUUUUGUUUGGCACCGCCGAUGGACAGGUGAUAGUGAUGGACUGCCACGGCCGCAUGCUGGCCCACAUUCUGCUGCAUGAGUCGGAUGGCAUCGUCAGCAUGUCCUGGAACUACCCCAGCUUCCUGGUGGAGGACAGCAGUGAGAGCGACACAGAUUCGGACGAAUAUUCACCGCAGCAAGUGCACAGCCACAAACCUCUGCUGACGGUCAGCUUCACCUCUGGAGACAUUAGCCUGAUGAACAACUACGAUGACCUCUCACCCACCCUUAUCCGCACCGGCCUGAAAGAUGUGGUCGUCCAGUGGUGCUCGCAGGGGGACCUUCUUUCAGUAGCCGGCAUGGAGAAGAUGCUCCUCUCCCCCGACCCCUCUUGUCCUCCCCCCACCAGGAAUGCUAUUGUUAAGUUUUUUAACGUCCGGGGUGAACACAUCUACACACUGGAAACACCAGCACAGCGCUCCAUCACUACCCUUUGCUGGGGCCACCGGGACUCCCGUCUUUUCCUAGCGUGCGGACCGGCGCUCUACGUUGUGCGCGUGGAGCACCGUGUUGCCAGCCUGCAGCUCCUCUGCCAGCAGGGCAUCGCCACAGCAGUGAAGGAGGAGAAAGACGUAGCCAAGCUCACCAUGCCGUCACGCCUCUGUUCUUACGUCACUGCCGCUUUCGCCCCCACAAUCAAGCCACCCAUCCCUGAUCCCAACAACAUGCGUGACUUUGUGAGCUACCCGACAGCAGGCAACGAGCGUCUGCACUGUACAAUGAAGCGUACAGAGGAUAACCCAGAGGUCGGGGGUCCCUGCUACACUCUAUACCUGGAGUAUUUAGGGGGUCUGGUGCCAAUCCUUAAAGGCCGGCGGAUAAGUAAAUUGCGUCCAGAGUUUGUCAUUAUGGACCCCAAGAUGGAUGGAAAAGCAGAUGAGAUCUAUGGCAGCAGUCUGAUAUCUGCAAUGAUUGACAGCUGCAAUUGCUCAGACUCCAGUGACAUCGAGCUCAGUGACGACUGGGUGGGCAAAAAGUCUCCAAAAAUAUCCAGGGGUAGCAAGUCCCCCAAGCUGCCCAGAGACUUAGUUUGUCCCUUUACCAACAGAAUCAACAUUGAUCCCAGGAAAUCGCCCAAACUGUCCCGUGCCGCCCAGGAGGUGUCCAGGUCACCCCGGUUACCCAUACGAAAACCUUCCAUCGGAUCGCCCAGUCUGACGCGGAGAGAAUUUCCUUUAGAUGACAUUACUCAGCAAAACUACCUUGCUCAGGUCACAUCAAAUAUUUGGGGGACAAAAUUCAAGAUUGUUGGGCUCGCUGCCUUCUUGCCGACAAACCUUGGUGCAGUCAUCUACAAAACCAGCCUCCUUCACCUGCAGCCCAGACAGAUGACAAUCUACCUGCCGGAGGUGCGCAAGAUCUCCAUGGAGUACAUCAAUCUGCCCGUCUUCAGCCCCAACGUCUUCAGCGAAGAUGAAGAUGACCUGCCAGUCACUGGCCCAGCUGGUGGCGCCGAUGACAACCCGCCCUGCACCGUCAACAUCCCCAUUGCACCCAUCCACAGUCCCGCCCAGGCCAUGUCACCCGCCCAAAACAUUGGUCUGGUCCAAUCCCUACUAGCCAACCAAAAUGUGCAGCUGGAUGUUCUAACAAACCCCACAGCCACCUCCCCAGGGGCUGCUGCUACUGCUUCUGCUGGUCCAGACCAAAGCCAAGACACCACGGUUACGGCCCAGUACACAGUUCCCACCCGAUACUCCAGUCCGGGUCAGGUCAUCUUUGGAGGGCUGGACAUGGGUCGCCUCACUGUAGGACCUUCACACUCUCAUCAGCAGCAACAGCAGCAGCAGCAGUUACAACAACUACAACACCAUCAGCAACUACAGCACCAUCAACAACAGUUACAGCAGCAACAACACCAACAACAGAUACUCCAGCAGCAGCAGCAGCAACAACAGAUACUCCAGCAGCAGCAGCAGCAGCAGCAGCAACAACAACAACAACAACAACAACAACAACAGCAAAUGGUCCAACAGCAGCAGCAGCAGCAGCAACAGAUGGUCCAACAGCAGCAGCAACAGUUACAACAGCAUCAGCACCUACAGCAGCAGCUCCAACACAUGCAGCAGCAGCAGCUUCAGCAGCACAUACAGCAACAACAAAUACAACAGCAGCUGCAACAGCAACAAAUGCAUCAACAGCAGCAAUCACAGCAAAUGCAACAACAGCAGCAGCACCACCACCAUCAACUUCAGCAGCAGCUUCACAUUCAAAUCCCAGUUUCCUCCAUGUCUUCAGGACAGUCAUCAGCAGCAGCCAUGCUUCCGCCGGGCGCAUUGCAGAUUCAGAUCCCUCACCCACCUCCCGAUUUGGUCCUUGAUAGGGGCGUCGAGGGUGAACAUGAGACCCUUUUGAAAAUAAAGACGUCACGUUCAGGUCCGCAGCUGGCCGAGGGGGACACAGUGGUGUUCAGUGCACCGCUAGAGCUCAGCAAGAUGAAUCCACCUCCUCCUUAUCCUGGAACUGUGGCUGCAGCUGUGGCGGCGGCUGCAGCAGCAGCAGCAGCAGCUGCUGCUUCCAUGUCCGCCUCAAAUGCUUCAUCGGGAACAGUCGGGGCCUCCACUGGAACCCCCCCUCCUGGUGAUGUUUGUGCAAAGAAGGGGGACUUCCCACAUUAUCCCCCUGGUCAGCCGCAAGGGCAGUAUCCAACGCCACUGGGCUAUGAGAGGAUAACGACCUUUGACAGCAGUGGGAACGUGGAAGAGGUUUGCCGUCCACGAACGCGUCUUGUCUGCAAUCAGAAUGUUUACAACCUGCAGGGACCCGGCAGCUCAUCCACUCUCAGGGUCAGCUCAUCCUCAUCCACAGCAUCAGCAGAAGGCAAAAAGAUCCAGCUGCCCUACAGCUCGGCCACCCUCAACAGACUCACCGCACCUCGCUACUCCAUACCAAGUGGAGACCCUCCCCCGUAUCCGGACCCGGCCAAUCAGAAUGGUGGGAGGAAUCCUGGACAGAAGCUUGACAGUAGUCUCAUCCACGCCACUCUCAGGAGGAACAGCCGGGAGGCAAACCUCAAAGUGUCCCAAAUGAUGGACCCGCCUAGACCGCUGCCGCCUAAAGCUAAAAAUAAUAGUGCACUAGCAGCCUCCUACCAGCAGAGGGUGCAAACAGCCUUAUACACCUGUAGCCAGUGUAGCAGUGGGUCCAGUGUUGGAGUCACAUCCCCAGGGAGCGCCAAUGGAAUAGCAGGGGGGACUAUCAUCAGACAAGAUUUUCCUCCAGGGAAUGGAGCACCACAUAGCACAGUUAUCGUUCACUCCAACAGUGCCAUCCCUCUGGCCUCCCAGUCCUCUUACAGCCUGCUGAGCUCACUUGAAGCAUCUGGAACUGCAGGAGCAGCAGCAGCAGGAGGAGGGGGUGGCAACAGAGAACGUGUUGAUUAUGUUAAUUCAGCGUUUACUGAGGAUGAAGCACUGAAUCAGUCGCUGAGGCAUUUGGCUGUAGGAGCUGACACAUCAGGGCUGGUUGUCAAACGCCCACCUCCCUAUCAGUGGGACCCAUCUGCCACAGAGGAGGUGUGGGUGCCUCAGGAACGGACCGCAACGCUUAACCCCACCAGCCACCCAGGACCACACAAACCACCUCCGCUUAUUCUUAGCCCGAACCAGCACUUGGAUGUCUCCAGGCUGCCUUUUGUUCUGUCUCCAAAGUCCCCAACAGCCCCCAGUGCUGCUGCCUCUUUUCAAGCUGCCGCUGCUGCAGCAGGUUACCAAAUUUCUCUCCAGUACCCACCAGUCACUGCCUACCCUGGAGCCCAGCUUCAGCCCAUCCUGGGGUCGCCGCGCCCCUGCUCCUCCCCAAAGGAAGUGGUGGCACCUGUUUCUCUUUCACAGCAGGAUGCAACUGUCCUCUUACCCGCUGGUUACCAUGCAAAUCUAACCAACCUGGCCUGCUGCCCGCUGCCGCCUAUGUACCCCGGAGGAAGUGCUUGUGCUGGGCUUCCCAUUCCUCCCAUUGCCCUCCACACACCGUGGGGUACAUAUAACCCAUGCCCUCCUAUUGCCAGUCCUGCUGUGCCCCUGCCACCCAAAGCUUCCCAUAUGAUUGUAGACAAAAAUGUCCUCUCGCCACCUCCUCCACCUCCUCCCCCACCACCGCCGCCCCCUCCACCACCACAUACAGAACUGCAGAACCAUGCAGGAUUGCAGGAAGCCAUGGCAGAAGCUGUGGAAGGUUACCAGGAGGUGCUGUCCUUAGCUGAGAGCCCCGUGCCAUCCCGCUCCGAGAAGCUCAGCAAGAAAAACCGCAAGAGGCCAGAUGGUCGGGCCGAGGAGGCGAACGUGCCACCUCUGGCUGAAGGGAGCAAGUCCAAAAAGGAGGGCAGGGCUCUGGGGGAUUUCAACUCCCUCAUCUCCAGUCCUCGCCUAGGAGGGAGGGACAAGAAGAAGCUUAAGGGACCGAAGGAGCAGCUGAAGGCAAAGAAGCUGAGCAAGGCCACGGCCAACAGCGAGUUCCAGGACAGCUCCGAAAGUGAGCCGGAGCUGUUCAUCAGCGGGGACGAGCUGCUCAACCAGUGCCAGAGCGGAAAGAAAGGCUGGAAGAGUAAGAGGAACCUGAGGGCGGCCAGCGAGCUGGACGAGAUGAAGUGUCGAAAGGCCAACGAGAAGGAGGACCGAGGGCUGGGCAGCCAGGGCUUUGUGUACGUCAUGGCUAACAAGCAGCCACUGUGGAAUGAGGCCACGCAGGUGUACCAGCUGGACUUCGGUGGGCGCGUCACACAGGAGUCUGCCAAAAACUUUCAGAUUGAACUCGAGGGCAGACAGGUGAUGCAGUUUGGCCGGAUCGAUGGCAACGCCUACAUCCUGGACUUUCAGUAUCCCUUCUCUGCUGUGCAAGCCUUCGCAGUGGCUCUGGCGAAUGUCACGCAACGCCUCAAAUGAGAGGUCAGAGUGUUUAUUUUAAUAGCGACACGGGCUGACUUUGCAGAGAAGACUCGAGUCGGGGGUUCAUACGGCAAGGAGAGGAUACAAUCCCGCUGCACUACACGAUGCUGCCACUUUAGCCGGUGCCACGAGCGUCGCUUGUGAUCGCCGGCCGGAGGUGCCCCCUUUGCAACGCGGAGCUGCGCUUCGGAGAUCAUCAUGCAAAUAAAACGCUGCUUUAGGUCGUAGAUGCUUUUAGAUGAGCUGAGAGGAGAGGAACUUAUCAGGUGCAGUUUGAAAAUGACUAAAAAAAAGGAGCAGCAGUAAUACUUGAAAACCACACUCUGGUGAUUUGAGUUGUUUUUUUAUUAUUAUUCCAGAGCACACAGGUACUACUGGGCACUCAAAUCCAUUGCUGUACAAACACUCACCACUAUAUGACACAGCUUUUGCUUUUAGUUUUAAUAUUCCCUUUGGAAGGUUGAAGGGACGUGUACGUUUUGCUCUCUUGCCAUUCCUUUUGCUCACUUUCUCACUUUGCAGGAGCGUUAAAUGUGUUACACAUGUGUACUGUGCAUUCACAUGAAUUUCCCUCCGUGUUUGCGUUAAUAUAAUCACCACGUACCUGCUUUAAUUUGGGAGAUUGUUGGCUGAAUUGUGACAUCACUACGUCGUCCAACCAUCCAAAGCGGUGUUUACACUUGCACACGUUUUGUCUUCGCAUUGUCCCGCAGUUCGCCGUGGCAAUGUCAUUUGUAUGGCACACCUGAGAAGGUUGAAGACCGGUUUACUCCCUUUUGGCGAAAUGCCACCCUCCCGCAUGACUUAGAGUAUUUACACCUAAGCAAAGUACUGUUUACGAUUAGUGUACGACGUAGUACGCAGGACGCACAUUGUUGUCACCACCACUUCCCGCAGUUGUGGCAUUAUUUGUUCCCACCUUGUUCGCGCAACAGCAGGCAUCACCCCAGCUUCAUUAAUUGCUCCAUUUGCAAGGGACCUACAAGAUGAUGAACUCUAGAGAAGAAGCUCUCAUUGCAGGAAGGGAAGGUAAGUGUAUAUUAUGUCACAACUGAACCGGAAAGAGCAAGAAGAAGGCACAGACAGUGUGGGAGAGGGAAUUGCUGACUAGGAGACAUGGCUUUGGGCAUUAUGAUCAGUUGUUAACAGAAAUUCACAAGGAAGAUCCAAGAGGCUACCGAAAUUACUUGAGAAUUACUUGAAAAGAGCCCCACCCACUUUGCACAUACUUCACACCUGUUUACAACCAAUUUACGCAAAACUUGAGUACCACUGCGGGGACAAAAUGCGUGCAAGUGCAAACUAGGUUUGGAGUUUUCAGCCACCUCUUGUCACUUCUGUGAAGUGCAAAGUUAGGGGCCUGCGCCGCACCGAAACAAGGUGCCGGGAAAUAUUUUUGUAAGUGUUUCUCUUAACACCAUUUCACAAGCACCUAGCAUAAGAAACAUAUCAUGUGAAAGUGAGUUUUAAAGUGACUCGGGUGACUCUGACAGACAUUUCUGUCACCACUGUGUUUCAAACGCGUUAAUGCUGUUUUCAAGAGACAAAAACACACAGAAAUCAUCUUUUGCUUGAUUUCCUUUCAAGUCAUAACUCUAAUGAAGGAUGAAGCCAGUGAGUUGUGUUAUUCAGUACGGUUGCUUCAGACAUCAUAGGAUCAAUUUGUGUGCCAAAACACUACUUACAAAAAGAAAAAAAAGAGGUUAUAAAAACGAACUUUUGAACAUUUUGCUCUAUGAAUUGGUAAGAAUUUUACCAUCUUAUUGUGAUUUGUCAAGACAAAAAAAAUUGCAUGGUAUAGAAUCCAUCUUUUUGUGUUAAUUGUGCAAUAUUUUCCCCAGGAGAAAGUAAUCCUUUGUUACCUCCCCACCCCCACCCACCCACUUUGACAUUUCUUGUUAGGUUCAGCAUCUCAACUUGCUGUACAUUUUAUUUAUGAGAUUAUUUUCAAAAGGGGAUAUAGUAUCUAUACAUACUGUAUAUUGUGGAGUUUUCUGAACAUUUUGCUGUGUGUUUUUUUGUUUUGUUUUUGUUUCAAGUGUUGCCCAAAUUGUUAGGUGGGGUUUUUGUGGGUUUGUGACGUUUGGGGCGGAAUAAGACGCGAAUGAGGACGUGUAGACUAGUAACGUAGCGUAUUUCUGUCGAGAUGUGUGUGCAUUUGUGCGCCAAUCCCAUCAGUGUUGAGGCUUCUGACACAUUCAUCAUUGUCACACGUUCACAAAGUGCAAGCCACUGAGUUCCAAGUUCAGAACUGCCUCUAUGAACUCAUAAAGCCUGAUGUAGAUACUGCAGAAUUUGGCUUUUCUUUAGAAAAAAUGUGCUUUGUAUUUGUAGAUGUUAGGAAGAAAAAGACAAGUAUCAUUUGGUGACUGAACGUUUUAGUGAAUGGAUUAAUUAGUAAGGCAUGCCAUGUAAAUUAUUUUAUAAUUGUAUAUGUCACGCAUCUUUUGAAAUAAAACAUCUUUGUUGCCAAAAAAAGUUUAUUGUCUUCUCAACAUGGAAAUGUUUACUUUACAUCAAGCAGGCACAAAUGGCUUUUUGUUUCAUUGAGUGAAUAUAAUUUAUACUGUAAAUGUGUGAA